GCAAAUAUCGAAACCGCUACCCGGGAAGACACAGAGGAGCUAAACGAAUAUUUCGAUACCGGUUGCAGUGCUAAUCGAGAAAUUUUACGGCAAGAGACGGGCAACUGCGAGGACGUAUAAAGCAAGAAGACGUUCGUCUCCCCCGCCGGCGCCAGAGUUGCAUCGAUCCCCGAGCUCCUCGAGAAGAUCCUCCUCCACUUAGACCCCAACACAGUCCAAGGAGUCACUACACUCCUUCUCUCCCAACGCGUCAGCAAAACCUUCCGCGACACAAUCGCCGGCACACCAUCUCUGCAACGCGCCCUACGCUUCGGCUCCGCCCUUCCACGCAUCUCCUCUGAGAAACCCAAGCUCAGCCCCCUCUUCCUAGAAGCCAUGCAUUUCGCGAUUGUUGAUGAGUUUGCAAGCAUGCUGAGCGUGGAUGUAGAUUUCAAGAAGGCGGAGGAGGGGGUGGAUGGGAUUACAGGGAUUCAAGUUCUUCUUCAUCGGACGGGGAAGAAGUGGGUGGGGAAGAAGACGCCUCGGCAUCAUUCUUGGAGGAAGAUGCGGUUGUUUGAGGAGAGGGGGAUGGUUGUAAGCGAGAUCGUGAGUCGUGGAAAGGUUUUUCGGAAGGUGAGGGUGGAGCUGGAGAAUCCUAGGAUUGGGGAGGUGUUUGAUUUGGUCUAUGGGGGUUGAUUGAGAGGAAGAGAGAGAGAGAGAGGUUGGAAUUUGUGCUGUUAUGAGAGGAAUGGAAGUUUGCCCUCUAUAGGGUAUCGUAAGUCUUAGAUAAUAGAGGAUGGGAUACUUCUUUUUGAUAAGGAAGGCACAAGCGAUGGAACUAUGGGGAAUUCUGUUGUUGAAAUUAGAUGAGAAUCAGACUCGUGCAUCCAUCCGGGCAGGCAUGGCUUUCACAUGCAAAAAUCAGGUCUUGGC